AUGUCAUCCUUCCCACCCAGCGUCCCCAUAAACCCCAACCCGAACCCGCCAGCAGGCGAGGCAGGCAUCUCCAUCUACGGCUACAUUCCUUCCCGCGCACUGGCGACGAUUGCGGUGGUCACGUUCGGACUGGCGUUCAUCAACCAUGCGGUGCAUCUGGUCAGGCUGAGGGGAACGAGGACGUUCCAGAGCUUGAUGAUGUUUGGAAACAUCAUGGAGAUUGUCGGCUACUCGUGCCGCCUCGUCUCCCACUACCACCCGUUUGUCGUCGACUACUUUGUCGUGCAGUACUUCUUCAUCGUCUGCAGUCCCGUAUUCUUCCAAGCGGCAUUCUACCUCGCUCUCGGCCUCGCCCUGCGCCGCCUCGACCACUUCGGCUCGACUCUCCUCGGCUUCAACCCGAAGAUCCUGAUCUCCGUCAUGAUCGCCUCCGAUGUCGUGACGACCAUCAUCCAGAUCACAGGCGCGGCCUUGAUCGGAGUCGCCGAGUCAAACCAAUACCAAGGCAACAAAGUCUCUAUCACCUCUUCGCAAGCAAACGACAUCCUCCUCGCCGGUCUCGCGAUCCAAAUGGCUUCGUUCUUCGCCUUCCUCUGCCUCUUGAUCUUUGUCAUCGUCCGAUCCGAACGAACAUUCACGGCAGCCCACCUCCCUCGCCGAUUCUCCGCCUUCCUCUUCACCGCCUCUCUACUCGUCUUCCUCCGCACGACCUUCCGACUCGCCGAAACAGCCCAAGGCGUGUUCGGCUUUGCAUCGCGCUCUGAAGCGCUCUUCGGGACACUCGAAUACCUACCCGUCAUCCUAGCAGUCGGGAUCUACGCCGCCGUUCCUCUUGCGGAACUCUUGCCAGUCGACGUCGAUGAUGACCGCUACGAGGACUCGUCUGAUGCGCGAACAAUGAGUAUGAGGCAGGCGACGAAGGAGACGAAGACGCUGGACCUGCGGGGUGCGAGUACGAGGGGGAGCGAUGCGGGUCGGAACGGGAACGGGGCGAUGAGUGACGAGGAGAAGGAUGAGGAGGACGGAGACCUCGAGAGGGGGAGCGAGGUCAGUCCGAGUCCGCCUGCGAGUUCGAGCAGCGGGGGAGGGCGGAGGGCGGAUGAGUUGAGGGAGACGGAUGGGGAUGAGGGAGUCGUGACGGAUGGGUCGCCAACUACGAUGGUUGAGCGUGGGAGCUUGAGGAGUCGUAGGGGAAGUGGGUUUGAGCGGACGAACUCGUAUGGCGCGAAGGAGGAGUGA